UCAUUGAUCAAAAUGGGCAACACAUUACAGAAUAAAGUUAUUUAGUUCCAUGAAAAAAUUGUCUUUGAUUUUCUAAAAAAAAUCCGCAAUUACUUAGUUGCCAACUCAAUAUAUACAGAAUACGAUUAUUAGCUCGAUGGAAUAAGGGAGAAGAUUUCUCGAAGGGUUUUUCGAAUUUGGAAUAAACGUAAGUAUAUGUACGAGUGAUUGUUUCGAAGGAAAAUAUUUAUACACGAUCCGAUUACACAGGAAAGGAAAGGGAAAAAUGGAAGGGAACGACACGAAGGGAAAGAAAUGUUGUGAAAAUUGUUGAACGGAAGGCGAAGGCGGGUAUAUAAAUAUAAAUUUCAACUCGUGUGUACACAAACAUAAAUGUCACAACUAAAACGUCAAAUUGUGGAUAUUCAUAACAGAGAAUGUUCCAUGUGAUAAGCCAUACUUCGUGCCUGACUGUACAAGCGACAACCUUCGACCGUGGUAUUAUAAGUAUUCACCGUACGCCGCCAUUCAGUAAUUUUUACAACCGUUCCAGGAACGCGUCAACAAACACCGUGAUAAAAUUAAAUCACGACGUUCCGCGAUUGAGUCUCAAGAUAGGUGUAAGGUAAAACGUAGAAAACGACACCGUUUUUCCUUGAACCGACUCUCCAUUAACUCUCCAUUAAUUGAAACUACUGGUUACCUCGGUAUUCGCGUUGCGCGAAAAUCGCGAAAAGAAACGGCUGAAGGGUGUAAUUUCAAUCGAUUCGCAACAGGCGAUGCGCGCGUGUGGUUGUUCGCCUCGUGGAAUGAAUGUUGCCCGAGGAAUUACAGCCCGAGGGUGUGAAAGAAACGCGCGACAACCUAUUACUAACAGUUUACACACGGUUAAGAAGAAGUUUGUCGAAGCGUUGGAAUCUCUCGAAUUGAUUAGAAGCUGAGUGAGGUGUGAAAUUGUCGUCGAUAUUUUAGCAAGGAUUUAUUGGACGCUCGAUGAAUACGUACUGGUAUUUAGGUCUUUAUGCGAUGUUUAAUUAUUCGCGGAGAGCCUUCAUUAUUCCUGGAAUCGCAGAUGCAUCUUUGUAGCCUUUGUUGCGCUCCACGGUGUUGUGCGCGUAAUGGGUGAACCGAGUCUCACGAUCAUUUCCCUGAUAGCGCGAAUGCGCCAGCCAUCUUGCCCAACGAAUCCUAUAAUUUCAAUAAUUCCCUUUCUCGGAUUCCAAAUUCGAAAAAAAAAUCCUUUCUAUUUUCUCAUCUCUUCGCAAAGUUUUUCAACUUGCGAAAAAAUUCACAAAGUCCAAAUCUUCCGUUCAUUUUGUCCAGAUUCAAUGAUCUUCAUUCGAUCAACGAAACUUGGAUCGUCGUGGAGAUCUUUUUCAUCGACCCUGGACGACGUCGCGCCCGAGAAGAGGAUCCUUCUCGUCGUUUAGUCAUCCAGCCCGCGGCUACGCGAUGCUCUGCGUAUCCUCGAAGGAAGAGGAAGAAGCAGUUCUGCAACCGAGGAGAAGAAAGGGAGAGGCGAGAUCGCAAUCGGGAGAAGGCGGACAGGCCACGACAUCGUCGACGAAUCUCGACGGAGCUCGAGUUCAAGUUGGCUCGACCGAGGACAACAGUUGCCAAUUAGUCACAGAAGAGUCGACGAGUACACGACGAUGGCCGGCCGCUUUCUUGCGAGAUAACGACAAGUUGAACGACACAGAAGCGCGGCGAGACCGGAUGUCGUCUCGCUCGCUUUGUUUCCUCUUGGGCGGGCAGGUCGAGGGAAAAGACAGGCGAGGACAUUGUCUGACACGUAGCAAUGUCAAGGCCCGCCACUCACAUCUACAUCAGGGUGUUUUCUACGCGAGUGUGAAACGAGCGUACUAAUAAUAGAGAAUGCGAGAUCGAUCGGUUCAUCGACGCGUGAAAAACGAUCGUUUUCUAUGAACGACGUGUCUUUGAACGGGGACAUCCGAUUGCUCGAUUUGUUUCAUCGAGUUAUCUAUUUACGCGAUUGCGCGUAAAUCGAAUCCGAUUUAAUCGGAUCGAAUUGAAUUAGAGGUUAGGUCGACGCCAUUGGCGAAAGCGAACGUGUGGACGCGAAUGACUCGUAAAGGAAAUUGUUAGAAGUUUUUGCGAUGUUUGGAAACUGGAAUAGAAUGGAAUUGUAUGCAAAUUAGAAUUGUUUUGCAUUUAAAAUAACGCGAUAUAUCAUUAGAGUAUGAUUUCAAGCCU